GGGACAGAGACGCCGGACUGAGGCUAAUGGCGGCGUCCACCGAACAGAACACCGGAGGCGUAGAGGAGGCCGCGGAGAAAGAGGGACCGCGAGUUCUGGAACCCGGCGCCGCCCCGUUCGGAAAUUUCCCUCAUUAUUCCCGCUUCCACUCUCCAGAGGAACGGCUCCGCCUCCUGCCUCCGGAGCUGCUUAGCCGGCUCUUCCCUCAGGGUCCCGAGACGAAGCCGAUUCUGGGGCUAGACGUGGGGUGUAACUCCGGGGAUCUAAGUGUGGCUCUGUACAAACACUUCCUUUUCCUACGUGAUGGGGAGACCUACUCAGAUGCCUCAAGAGAACUCCGUCUCCUCUGCUGUGACAUAGAUCCAGUCCUGGUGGAGCGAGCUGAAAAAGAAUGCCCAUUUCCUGAUGCCUUGACUUUUAUUACCCUGGACUUCAUGAAUCAAAGGAGCCGGAAAGUUCUCUUGAGCUCUUUCUUAAGCCAAUUCGGACGCUCAGUUUUUGACAUUGGCUUCUGCAUGUCAAUAACCAUGUGGAUUCAUCUGAACCAUGGGGACCAGGGCCUGUGGGAGUUCCUGGCUCACCUCUCCUCCCUCUGCCACUACCUCCUUGUGGAGCCACAGCCCUGGAAAUGUUACCGGGCAGCUGCAAGGCGUCUUCGAAAACUGGGCCUCCAUGAUUUUGACCACUUCCACUCCCUUGCCAUCCGAGGUGAUAUGGCCAAUCAGAUUGUGCAGAUCUUGACCCAGGACCAUGGCAUGGAAUUAGUAUGCUGCUUUGGUAACACCAGCUGGGACCGUAGCCUUCUGCUCUUCAGGGCAAAACAAACCACAGAGACUCAUCCAAUCCCUGAAUCACUGAUAGAAGGAAAAGAAAGGAACAAGUUAAGAUUCGGGAGAUAGUGAGAUGAGAGGGGGAGAAGACCAGGAAAGAGAUAUUGAAAGGGUUCUCUUAGAAUUAAGUUCAUUCUCCUUAAUUCCUUAACAGUCCACUUCAAAACCUGGCAGAAGCUUUUGGCAAAAUGUCCCAGAUGCAACUGAAAAAAAAACCAAUAUCUGUUCCCCAUUGUUUGGGAUGAUCCUGAAGGAGAAUGCAUCUGUGGAGCAAUGACCUGAGCUGUCUGGAUUGAGAUGGCCUAGAGAAAGUGAUCCUGUUUCUGGGAUAUGGAAGGAGCUGCUUUUGGUGGUUAUUUAGAAAAGACCAGGCUAGCCUUAGGAUGUGUCAUUUCCCUGGGCCCCUUGAAUCUGAUCUGGCUUCUUCAGGAUUUAAUUCAUCAUGCCUUUGGGCAAAACCUCACUAUACUGUCUGAAAAAAGAAUCACUGGCCUGGCUGAAGGUGAGGGUUGGUAGGAAAAACAUCUUAUCUUUCCAGGGCAAAUCAAGUCUCUAACAUGACCAGGCUCAGCACAGCAGUUACAGAUACUAGGCAAGAUGCAUUGGCUGACAUUUAAAAGAUUUAAAUUAUUGGGGGGGUGGGGGAGUAAACAG